CCUUUUUCCGUGUCAGAAGCAGUUCGCCUGCAAUCAUUCUCUGCAGCUGUUUGGAGGUUUCGUGAUACCCUCAUGAGUUUACGCACGUAUUGUUUCCUCUCCCAGUGACGUUAAGACACCAUCAUAGAACACACGUCCGGAUCUACCUAGCUCUUCGUUCCCGAGAAUAUCGUCCACGUCUACGUGAUGGAAGAAAAAAUCGAACCUGGGUGCGGCACACCGUCGGAGCUACCUAUUACCCAUUACGAAGUAGCACGAACAACGGAACUUGCGAAGGAUCCGGAGGCGCUUGCCAGGUCGUACGGCCCGGCAGGAUUGAAGGGUCUGCUUCAAUCGGGAUUCGUCGUAAGAUGCGCGGUCUUUGCCGCGAUGGGUGGCUUCCUGUUCGGCUACGACCAGGGCGUGAUAUCGAUCACGUUGACGAUGGAUCACUUCAACGACAUGUUUCCGAGGAUCGAUGCGAACCGGAAUUCUUCGGCAGGCUUCUGGAAAGGGUUGAUGACCGCCAUGUUGCAGCUCGGCGCACUGUUGGGCGCAGCACAGGCAGGGUUUCUAGCCGAUAGACUUUCGAGGAAAUAUGCGAUGUUCGUGGGGUUCAUCUGGUUCCUGAUUGGCAGUGCGAUCCAGACAGGUUCCGUGACAUACGCCAUGCUUGUCAUCGGCCGUACCGUUGGCGGAAUUGGAAUCGGUACCUUGUCCAUGGUGGCGCCCCUCUACAUCUCGGAAAUAUCGCCUCCAAACGUGCGUGGUUCGUUGCUGGUUUUGGAGGAAUGGAGCAUCGUCUUUGGAAUCAUCGUCGCGUUCUACAUCACCUACGGUACCCGGUUUAUCGUCAGCGAUUGGUCAUGGCGACUCCCGUUCCUUCUCCAGCUUUUCCCAGCUAUUGUUCUCUGCGCCUUUAUGAAGAUAUUGCCGUUCUCGCCCCGUUGGCUCGCUGCGCAAGGCCGCGACGAAGAGGCACUCAAGACUCUGGUGAGACUGCGGCAGCUGCCCGAGACGGAUGAGCGUGUUAUAGCCGAGUGGAUAGAGGUCCGCGCGGAGGCGGCAGUGCAGAAGGAGGUUCAGGCCGAGCGCCACCCCAACCUUGUGGCCGACACUAGUACCAUCGCCGGUUUGAAACUUGAGCUCGUUAGCUGGGCGGACACAUUCCGCAAGAAUAGCUAUAAGCGCACGUUAGUUGGAAUGGGAUUGAUGCUUUUCCAACAGCUCGUCGGAAUCAACGCGAUGAUCUACUAUGGCCCCUCACUGUUUGAAUCUCUCGGGCUCGACUACGAGAUGCAACUCAACAUGUCCGGUGUCAUGAACAUACUGCAGCUUGUCGGAGUGACUCCAGCCAUCUUCCUGAUGGACCGCGUCGGACGUCGACCUCUCCUCCUCUGGGGUUCAGCAGCAAUGUUCAUCUGCCACGUGAUCGUCGCAGCCGUAAUCGGCACGUACCAAGGAGAAUGGGAACAGAACAAGGGCGCCGCCUGGGCCGGGAUCUCCUUCAUUUUCGUGUACAUGGUCGCCUUCGGCCUCAGUUGGGGCCCCGUCGCUUGGGCGAUGCCAGCAGAGCUCUUCAACUCCACCCUGCGCGCAAAGGGCGUUGCACUAGCCACCUGCUCAAACUGGUUUAAUAACUUCAUCAUCGGUCUCAUCACCCCGCCACUAGUCCAGCACUCUGCUUAUGGUGCGUUCGUUUUCUUUGCGGUGUUUUCGCUGCUCUCUGGCGUGUGGACUUGGUUCGUCGUGCCCGAGACCUGUGGCCGCUCGCUCGAGGACAUGGACGAGAUCUGGGGGGAUGACUCGGGGAAGAAGGAUAAGGAGCGGACGCUCGUGGUGGUGUCGAGAUUGGAGCGCCAGCUGGCGGAGAGAAGCUCGGCGGUGAAAGCUAUGUAAACGCUUGAUGAAGGCAUGUAUGCACGCUAUGUAAGAACGCAUGACGAUGGUGUACGAGGAUGGAUUUAUACGCUAUAUAGUACUUGUAUGUAAAAUUUAAUUACGAUUCCCC